UCCAUUCGUACCUCAUUCCCUCACUCAACAGACAUGCUCCAGGCACAGAGAGAGUCAGAUCCCAUCCUGCCUUGGGGAGCUUCAUGGGCUGGCAGGGGACAGACCCUGAGGGCCCGAAGCACUGACAGCUUGGAUGGCCCAGGGGAAGGCUCAGUGCAGCCCCUACCCCCAGCUGGGGGGCCCAGUGUGAAGGGGAAGCCUGGGAAGAGGCUCUCAGCUCCUCGAGGUCCUUUCCCCCGGCUGGCUGACUGUGCCCAUUUCCACUACGAGAACGUUGACUUUGGCCACAUUCAGCUCCUCCUGUCUCCAGAGCGUGAAGGCCCCAGCCUCUCUGGAGAGAAUGAGCUGGUGUUUGGGGUGCAGGUGACCUGUCAGGGCCGUUCUUGGCCAGUUCUCCGUAGUUAUGAUGACUUCCGUUCACUGGAUGCCCACCUCCACAGGUGCAUAUUUGACCGGAGGUUUUCCUGCCUCCCAGAGCUCCCUCCACCCCCAGAGGGUGCCAGGGCUGCCCAGAUGCUGGUACCACUGCUACUGCAGUACCUGGAGACCCUUUCGGGACUGGUGGACAGUAACCUCAACUGUGGGCCUGUGCUCACCUGGAUGGAGCUGGACAAUCAUGGCCGGCGACUGCUCCUCAGUGAGGAGGCCUCACUCAAUAUCCCUGCGGUUGCUGCUGCUCAUGUGGUCAAACGGUACACAGCUCAGGCACCAGAUGAGCUAUCCUUUGAGGUGGGAGACAUUGUCUCAGUGAUUGACAUGCCACCCACAGAGGAUCGGAGCUGGUGGCGGGGCAAGCGAGGUUUCCAGGUUGGGUUUUUCCCCAGUGAGUGUGUGGAACUCUUCACAGAGCGGCCGGGUCCAGGCCUAAAAGCAGAUGCUGAUGGUCCCCUGUGUGGCAUCCCAGCUCCCCAGGGUAUCUCUUCUCUGACCUCAGCUGUACCUCGACCUCGUGGGAAGCUAGCUGGUCUCCUCCGAACCUUCAUGCGCUCCCGCCCUUCUCGGCAGAGGCUGCGGCAACGGGGAAUCCUGCGGCAGAGAGUGUUUGGCUGUGACCUUGGAGAACACCUCAGCAACUCAGGCCAGGAUGUACCCCAAGUACUACGCUGCUGCUCUGAGUUUAUUGAGGCCCACGGAGUGGUGGAUGGAAUCUACCGGCUCUCAGGCGUGUCCUCCAACAUCCAGAGAUUGCGGCAUGAAUUUGACAGUGAGAGGAUCCCUGAACUGUCUGGACCUGCCUUCCUGCAGGACAUCCACAGCGUCUCCUCCCUCUGCAAGCUCUAUUUCCGAGAGUUGCCAAACCCCUUGCUCACCUACCAGCUCUAUGGGAAGUUCAGUGAGGCCAUGUCAGUGCCUGGGGAAGAGGAGCGCCUGGUGCGAGUCCAUGAUGUCAUCCAGCAGCUACCCCCACCACACUACAGGACUCUGGAGUACCUAUUGAGGCACUUGGCCCGAAUGGCGCGACACAGUGCCAACACCAGCAUGCAUGCCCGCAACCUGGCCAUUGUCUGGGCACCCAACCUCCUACGGUCCAUGGAGCUAGAGUCAGUGGGACUGGGUGGAGCAGCAGCCUUCCGGGAGGUUCGGGUGCAGUCUGUGGUGGUGGAAUUCCUGCUGACUCAUGUGGAGGUCCUGUUCAGUGAUACCUUCACCUCUGCUGGCCUUGACCCUGCAGGCCGCUGCCUCCUCCCCAGGCCCAAGUCUCUUGCGGGUAGUGGCCCUUCCACUCGCCUGCUGACACUGGAGGAAGCCCAGGCUCGUACCCAGGGUAGGCUGGGAACACUCACUGAACCUACAACUCCCAAAGCUCCAGCCUCACCUGUGGAAAGGAGGAAAAGGGACAGAGGUGAGAAACAGCGGAAGCCAGGGGGUAGCAGCUGGAAGACAUUCUUUGCUCUAGGCCGGGGCCCCAGUAUCCCCCGAAAAAAGCCCCUGCCCUGGCUAGGGGGCACCAGAGCCCCACCGCAGCCUUCAGGCAGUCGACCUGACACAGUCACGCUGAGAUCUGCCAAGAGUGAAGAGUCUCUGUCAUCACAGGCCAGCGGGGCUGGCCUCCAGAGGCUGCACAGGCUACGGCGACCCCACUCCAGCAGCGAUGCUUUCCCUGUGGGCCCAGCACCUGCUGGCUCCUGCGAGAGCCUGUCCUCCUCAUCUUCCUCCUCUUCCUCCUCUUCCUCUUCAUCCUCCUCCUCCUCUUCCAAGUCCUCAGCAGCUGGCCUGGGACCACACUCUGGGUCCCCUUCACACCGCACCUCAGCCUGGCUAGAUGAUGGUGAUGAACUGGACUUCAGCCCACCACGCUGCCUGGAGGGACUCCGGGGGCUUGACUUUGAUCCCCUUACAUUUCGCUGCAGCAGCCCCACCCCAGGGGACCCUGCACCUCCUGCCAGCCCAGCACCCCCUGCCUCUGCUUCUGCCUUCCCACCUAGGGUGACCCCCCAGGCUCUCUCACCCCGUGGGCCCACCAGUCCUGCUUCACCCGCUGCCCUGGACAUCUCAGAGCCCCUGGCUGUAUCAGUGCCACCUGCUGUCCUAGAACUGCUGGGGGCCGGGGGAACAGCUGCCUCAGCCACCCCAACACCAGCGCUCAGCCCUGGCCCAAGCCUGCGCCCCCAUCUUAUUCCCCUGCUGCUGCGUGGAGCAGAGGCCCAGCUGAGUGACACCUGUCAACAGGAAAUCAGCAGCAAGCUGGCACUGCCUAGUCCCCGGGGAACCCAGGGCCAGCAUGGUCCUGGUAUGGAUUCACCAUUGCUGCCCCCACCCCUGUCCCUCCUGCGCCCUGGGGGGGCCCCACCUCCACCCCCCAAGAACCCAGCACGCCUCAUGGCUCUGGCCCUGGCUGAGCGGGCUCAGCAGGUGGCCGAGCGACAGAGCCAACAGGAACAUGGGGGCACCCCACCUGUUCCCCAUUCCCCUUUCCGCCGCUCACUGUCCCUGGAAGUAGGUGGGGAGCCUGUGGGGAUCUCAGGGAGUGGGCCACCCCCUCACUCCCUGGCCCACUCAGGUGCCUGGGUCCCAGGACCCCCCACCUACCUACCAAGACAACAAAGUGAUGGGAGCCUGGUGAGGAACCAGCGGCCCAUGGGGACCUCGAGGAGGGGACUCAGAGGCCCAGCACAGGUCAGUGCCCAGCUCAGAGCAAGUGGCGGGUGCAGGGAUGCCGCAGAGAUGGCAGCCCAGUCCUCAUGUUCUGCCCCCUCACAGGUUCCUACCCCUGGCUUCUUUUCCUCAGCCCCCCGGGAAUGCUUGCCACCAUUCCUUGGGGUCCCCAAACCAGGCCUGUAUCCCCUGGGCCCCCCAUCCUUCCAGCCCAGCUCCCCAGCCCCAGUCUGGAGGAACUCCCUGGGCCCUCCUGCACCUCUCGACAGGGGAGAGAACCUAUACUAUGAGAUUGGGGCAAGUGAGGGGUCCCCCUACUCUGGCCCCACCCAGUCCUGGAGUCCCUUUCGCUCCAUGCCCCCCGAUAGGCUCAAUGCCUCAUAUGGCAUGCUUGGCCAAUCGCCACCACUCCACAGGUCCCCCGACUUCCUGGUCAGCUACCCCCCACCCACCUCGUGCUUUCCCCCUGACCAUCUUGGCUACUCAGCCCCACAGCAUUCUGCCCGACGUCCCACCCGGCCUGAGCCCCUCUAUGUCAACCUAGCCCUAGGGCCCAGGGGUCCCUCACCUGCCUCUUCCUGCUCUUCCUCUUCCCCUCCUGCCCACCCCCGAAGUCGUUCAGAUCCUGGACCCCCAGCCCCCCGCCUUCCCCAGAAGCAGCGGGCACCUUGGGGUCCCCGCACCCCUCACAGGGUACCUGGCCCCUGGGGCCCUCCAGAGCCUCUCCUGCUCUACAGGGCAGCCCCACCAGCCUAUGGGAGGGGGGGUGAGCACCACAGAGGGUCUCUGUAUAGAAAUGGGGGUCAGAGAGGGGAGGGGGCUGGUCCCCCACCCCCUUACCCCACUCCUAGCUGGUCUCUCCAUUCUGAGGGCCAGACCCGAAGCUACUGCUGAGCCAGCGCUGACAAGGACCUUAUUCCCCUCCCUUCACCCUCAGUGAAUCUUAGCCCAUCCCAAUCCCUUGUUUUGUAUUUACUUGAGCUCCUGAGCCCUACCCCAGGUUUCUAACUUUGUAACUUGCUUCUGAUAUGGGUCCCUAAUCUGAAAUCAGUGUCUCUACCCUGGCUGAAGGGUAUGCCUAUCUCCCCACCAUCCUCCUUCCUGGGGCUCUCGCACAAAUCUGAGGGAGGGCUAGGCCGACACCCUGUUCUCCCUCUCCCUCCAGGAGUCCCCUGCCUGUCCUGACCUGUGCACAGGGGAUAGGGGGACAAAUCCUGCCCAUCUUUCCCCAUGUGCCCCACUAAACCAUCUGACAAAAUUAAUGAAU